ACAGGCACACCCCAUCAGGCACCAAGGUUAAUUCCAACCGCCCGCCAGUGUUUAACUUUCCACAGAAGAUUAGAUUAAACAUUUGGGUUCGUAAAAGCCUAGGAUUGCAGGCUGUAGUUAGCAAGGGCUUAGCUGGUCAUAAGCUGAAGGUGCUCAGCGGCCUGAGAUGUAGGCACAGUCUGCAGAGCUCCUAACGCCACCAAGGAGGCUCGGAGCAGCCGGCUCAGCCAAGGCCGUUCGCGUUGCUCACACACUGCCUACCAGGAGGGAAGCAUGCCUUCGUUACUCAAUCUGACCCAGACGCUGGAAGACGUCUUCCGAAGGGUUUUUAUCACAUACAUGAACAACUGGCGCAGGAACACCACAGAGGCGCAGGCGGCACUCCAGGCCAAGGUGGAUGCUGAGAACUUCUACUACGUCAUCCUGUACCUCAUGGUGAUGAUAGGGAUGUUCUCCUUCAUCGUCGUCGCCAUCCUGGUGAGCACUGUGAAAUCCAAGAGGCGCGAGCACUCCCAGGACCCCUACCACCAGUACAUCGUGGAGGACUGGCAGGAAAAGUACAAGAGUCAGAUUCUGCAUCCAGAGGAAUCAAAGGCCACCAUCCAUGAGAACGUGGGUGCAGCGGGGUUCAAAAUGUCUCCUUGAUAAGGCAGAAAGAGACAAAG